GAUCCUCUCGCCCCCUCCGCGGCGCUCGCUCGCACACUCCCGCCGGGCCCCCGAGCCGCGCCGCCGCCGCCAGUGCCCCAGCCCCUGGGAGCCCAGUCGCGCCAUGUCGUCGCCUCCCGAAGGGAAGCUAGAGACUAAAGCUGGACACCCGCCCGCCGUGAAAGCUGGUGGGAUGCGGAUUGUGCAGAAACACCCACACACGGGAGACGCCAAAGAGGAGAAAGACAAGGAUGACCAAGAAUGGGAAAGCCCCAGUCCGCCCAAACCGACCGUGUUCAUCUCUGGGGUCAUUGCCCGGGGUGACAAAGACUUCCCUCCGGCAGCCGCCCAGGUGGCCCACCAGAAGCCCCACGCCUCCAUGGACAAGCACCCUUCCCCAAGACCCCAGCACAUACAGCAGCCGCGCAAGUGAGGGGGCACCCAGGCCCCACUGCCCUCGCCAGGCCCUGCUGCCCUCACCAACGGCACCCAGCCACCUGCACCUGACGUUUCCCCAGCAAAGAGAACUAGCACUUUCUCUAAAAUACUAUUUUUUCCCUUGCCUUAAAUUUCCCUAUUUGAAACUAGGAAUGGCUCAAACCCUGAACUUCAUCGAUAAGACAUCAUGGCCCUCUAGAAAUACCAUCGGCAGAAUUGGCUAGUAUAUGAUUAAAAAGAAGCCAUUUGAACUUUAGUUUUAGUUCUGCUUCAGCAGUCGCCCAGAGUCCCUAUCUGUGGUCUUAAAAACAAGAAGGCACAAAUUUGGGAGGAUUAGAUUAGGGGAUUAGAUUAGGGGAAAAGCACAAUCAUUUCAUGCUAUUUUAAAUAGUAAUAGGACAGGAAAGCCUUCAGAGCUGCAGGAGAGUAAGACAGAGGGAGAGAACAGAGACGGUGGAUUCCAGGCAGAGCCCUUGGAAACAGGCGACAGCAACACUGAGCUUCCCUCCCCUCCAUGCAGAGGGGCUGCUGUACAGGGUGACCAGGCACCUACAGGAAAAGCAAGAGAAAAGCAGGUGGUUUUGAAAUGGCUCUUUUACUCCGGGAAUCAGUGUGCCAACAGACAAGGAUGUGGGCGGUUUGCUCAGGGGGUACCCAGGAGUGAGCGCCAGUGGCAAGCCCUGCAUUGCCACAGUGCAGGCUCCACUGGGGAAAUUGAGGCAGAUAUGUGGGUUUUCAUUCUUUUUUUUUUUUUUGGUAAUCACCUCUAGAGCUACUUUUGAGUUCUGGAAGUGACCACUGACCAGAGCAGAGGAAUAGAUGUAUAGUUAAUUCUGGAACACCUGAAUGGGAAGAGUUGAACUCAUGGAAAGACUAGAUAAAAGCCUACAUCCACCUUCCUAGGGACAUGAAACCCCACGUUCCAUUUGAGCUAGAGAAACCUGCUUGUUGACCUGUGUAACUUCCCAGGAGCCUGGACAUACCAGCCUGAGUCCAUCUUCCCUCGUUACCUCAGAUUAUCCUCUGAUUUCUAUAGGGUUUCCUGCCCGGAAAUGCCCGAGACUGCCCUGGGCUAGAGGGUGUCCAGCUUGGCUCCUUUAGUCAGGUGUGAAAACCUUCUGGAGUGCUGCCUCCAGAGGCACCGCUGCCAGUCCUGCCCACCAGCAGUGGACUUGGUCAGCUCAGCCAUGUGCAAUAACAGCGUCCACCAUGUCAGCCUUCCAGAUGCCACUCUGCACUCCCUUUCUGCCAGCUGGUGAGAGCAGCAGCAGACAUGGUCAGACCCAGCACUCCCUCUUCCCAGAGUGUGAGGCACAGACUGGCCUCACAUUCUCACAGGGUCUGCUUUUCCCAUCCAGAUGACUUGGGGAAAAUCCAGGUGUAACCUUUAAGGCACUGUGUGGCCACAUCUUGAAAUGUUGGUAUAAACUGCGGGUGGCUUUUGGAGACGUGGCCUUGACCAGCAGCCCUGCCAUGGUAUGCCAAGCAGGCAGCCUCCUCCCAGGUGCCUUCUGCAGCCCACAGAAUUCAGGGGUGUCCUUAGUGCUUCUCAGGGUACUGCAUCUGGAGGAAGGGCCCCUAUUCCCACAAGUGUGGCUUUGGGGUACUUUCAGCUGGGUCUGGCGUGUGUCCGUGGGUUCUAGAUCACUGAAUGCAAACUGUUUUCUGAAAUGAAUUUACCAAUUGUUAGCUUCGAGAACAAUCAUGAUUAUAAUAAAGCUUCUACAUGUCUUC